GUGCUGCCUAAAGGGACAGUGACGCCAGGACGCAGCUACCUUCACGUCACAAAGCGUGCAGCGGCGGACUUCCCGGCGUGCAUCGGGACUCCCGGUCGCUCGACUCCAUCGGGAGAGACGUCUGGGAGUCUCCGGCUUUCUUGGUUUUUCGCCGCUCUCCCUGCGCCUGGGAACUAGUGUUCCUUCCUCCCAAGGAACAUGCCGCGCCGCCCUCCGCAGUGAUCCCCGGACUGAGGCCAUGACAGCGGCUCCGCUAACCCCGCGGGAGAUCAGGGAGAGGCUGCUGCAGGCCAUCGAUAAGCAUAGCAACAUUCAUAACAUGGUUGCUGUGCUAGAAGUGAUCUCCAGUCUGGAGAAGUAUCCCAUUACCAAAGAGGCAUUGGAGGAAACUCGACUAGGAAAACUGAUUAAUGAUGUUCGGAAAAAGACCAGCAAUGAGGACCUUGCUAAGCGUGCAAAAAAAUUGCUAAGAAACUGGCAAAAGUUGAUUGAGCCAGGGACCCAGAAUGAACAGUUUGUGAGGGGCAUCCCUAACUUACCAGGUUCUGCCAAUGGGGGUGGCUCCCACAACUGCAAGGCAGAUCUUGCACCAACUACUCUUCUUUGUGGGAAGCCCAUACAGGAGCUGAAAAGCAGAAAUGAUAUUCAAAGAGCACAUUCUCCAAAAGCUGAAAAGACAACCAACAGAAAAAGAAAAGGAGAACUUCGGGAUGGUGGACAGGGUACCCCAGGACAUCUACCGAAGCCCAACCAUGAGCUUUUUCAAAACUCCUCACCCCCACCCACUAAUGGAGUUGGGGGCAGCCCCCCUGAGAACCUCCCUAGCCUUCUUGAUGGAGGUUUGCAAUCUAACAGACUGGAGCCUGCUGAGAAUGAUAAGCAUGGAAAAAUACCAGUAAAUGCUGUCCGGCCUCAUACCAACUCUCCUGGACUUGUAAAACAGCCAAGCACUUCCUCUCUGCUAAAAGCAGUUGUCCUUCAACAGCACAGUGGGGGUUUGGAUGAUGCCCUCUCUCUCCAGCCCAGAAGUCCCCGCUGUUCUUCCUUUAGUCCCCGUGGCACUCGUGCAGAAUUGACUACACGACAGCACACCACAUAUGCACCAAAGGGUUCUGCUCCUAGUCCUUCCCAAAGGCUACCAGGUGUAGACUCUGCACAUCAGUCCCCUUUGCACCCUUCUACACCCCCUGCUACAGCGAAAAGACUUGAGUCCCCUCGACAGGACCGAGUCUCUUCCCCACACAAGCUGGUAGAACAGAUACCCUCCACUGAUUGCCACCAGGUCUUGCCUAGGACAUCACAACAACACAUCCCCCGCAGUAGCCUUUUAGAUUCCUCGCCUCGUACUGGUUUUUUGACAGAGUCCUCAAAAGUAGAUAGUGAUGAUGCAGCAUCUGGCUCAGACAACCGCAAGAGGAAAAAAUCUAGAUUUCGAAUAGAGUGUGAAGGGCAUUCUGCAGAUGGGACUGGUAAACCAGCAAGGGUAAGAAAGGAACGCAAACUAACAUUUGAUGUUAUGACAGGGCAGAUUAAACCCUUAACACUCAAAGAUCCAGCGCAAGUAGAGAGUUCUGCUCCUUCAGAACAACACAGGACUGAGACUGACAAGCAGGAUCUAAAGUUAAGCUUGCCAAGUCCCUUUCAACUGACGAACUGGAAAGAGCUGUCUGGAAGUGAUAUCAUCCAGUCCUAUCUCCACCGGCAAGGCAGCUUAUUGUCUUCCUCUGGUGUACAGACUCAGAGUGCACAUUAUUACAUGUCAGAAUAUUUAAAACAGGAGGAAUGCACUAAGAGGGAAGCAAGGAAAACUCAUGUUUUAGUUCCAAUUGUUCUUCCAAGCGAUCUACCUGGAAGAACCAGGGAAAUCACUAGCAGUGACACGGACAGAAUACACAACCAACAUUGGCCUGGUGUCAAUGGCUGUCAUGAUACACAGGGCAACUGGUAUGAUUGGACGCAGUGCAUCUCAUUGGACCCUCAUGGGGAUGAUGGUAGAUUAAACAUCUUGCCUUAUGUCUGCCUAGACUGAGCGUGGGUACCAAUUCCACUUUCUCAUAUCCACGGUUUUCACUGCAAAACCCUGGGUCGCUCAGCGACCACCGCUCAUCAAAGGAGAUUUGUAGAGUGAGGAGCCCCCUUUCAGUGUUGGGGAUGGUAGAUAAAGGGGCUGAUAGCGCCAGAAGCAGAACAGAGAAGUUUAGAGGGUCACUACUACAUUCUGGGAAUUAACCGCAGGUAUCUCAAUUCCUGCUGCACCCAUCCCUUUGUGCGAAAUGCUGCUACUGGUUUAAUACUAUAAACGAGGAAAACAAAUGCAGUGGAAGGAUAUAUAGCAAGUGAGCUAUAAUAAAAGAAAAAGUGUUAAAUGCAAACCAACCCUAAAAUCACAGAAGAGGUUUUUCCCGGUACCUGCAGAAGGGCUGGAAUAAAAAAAUAUAUAUAUAUAUGACAGGUACCGAAAGGUUAUGUGAGAUGAUUUAAAUAAGUUGAAGAUGUUCUAUUACCAUAACAAAGUAUGCAUUUAUUUAUUUGAAUUAAUGUUUUUUUUUCCCCCAGAUUUAAUUUGACAAGCGCGUCUUAAAUUUUGACGCACUCAAAUUUUGUGUUCCUAGCAUCACAACUGGUCCUUUAAAUUUGUGAAGAGAGAGCAGAAAGUCAUUACCUUGGCUUUUCUUUUUCAAUUUGGAUGGUUUGAUGUAUUUGUUCAGUCUCAGAAGCAUUUUUACUGACAGGCUUGGACAUUUCAACCCCCCAAAUCCAUAUUUUAAUUUGACACCUCAAUUACUUCCAAACUAUUAAAAAUGACUGGCUUCAGUAGAUAAUUGAAAUGUCAUUUUUUUUCUACAUUUAUCUUUGUAAUAUUCUCAUUUCUAAAAUGUGCUAUACCCUGCCCAUACCAAAUUGAUUUUAGACCUUCACAGUUUACCUUUUUUUAAGUUGAUGGUGCUACCAGCAUGUCAAGUGUUAAGCUACAGAAAUGUGAGAAGGGCCUUUUGUAUGCUGGGUAAAAAAAAAAAAAUACUUGCUACCAUUCCUUUAGAUGUUAUCUGCCUUAUGGAAUCUCCAUCAUAAACGCAAUUUUUUUUAUUUUUUUUUGCUAAAAAAACCAAGCCUUAGUUGAAUGUACAGUAAGUCUUCUGUAUUUCUGAGAUGCAGAAGAGAGCAACUUUGCUAACUUUGGUCUAAUCAAUGGACAACUUGUGAUAUAAAUGUGGAAACCAUAAUAAAAAAAAAUACAAUUUGCAACGCUUUGUCAUGGUAUUUCUAACACGUUUACUACCAGAUCUUUGCAGUCCCCCUCAUGUUCACAGACAGUUUUAGAAUGGUGAUAAAGUUGCAUCCAUGCUACUGUUACUGCAGAGAGUUUUCAAUCUGUAAAGGGAUUCGGUCACGAUUUUUAUGGUUUCGUUUCAUACUCUACACUGCAAAUAAUUCACAUUACAAUAUAAAAUUUCAUUCCUGAA